AUAGGAGUCACCAGUGAAUCAGAAUUAAAUUAGCGACAUUUGAUUUAUUCAUUACAUACUUACAACAGGUUAAAUGAGGAGUUUAGAUACUUGAUGGACAUCAACAAGAAUGUAUUUAUGUAUAAAAUUAUGUAUUUUACUAUAUUAUGUUGGAACUCAAGCUGAAGUUCGUCUACCACCAACUAUAACUCACGUAGAACAACCUCAAUAUUUUCGCGAUGGUAAAGAUGUUUACAUGUUUUGUGAAGCACACGGAAUACCCAAACCUCGUUUUGCAUGGAAACAUAAUGGAAUUGUGAUAACAAAAAAUGAUUAUAUGGAAUUUAACCCAGUUUUAGGAAAUUUAACAAUUUCCAACCCAACUGUUCGCGAAGAAGGAAACUAUCAGUGUGUAGCUGAGAAUAAAUGGGGUACAAGUCUGUCCACGGUAGCUCCACUUGUGUAUGCCAGAUUAGACGCAUUUAGUGAAGACACGGAUCUACAAACAUAUAAUGUUAAAGAGGGUGAGAGUGUAAGUGUUCAAUGUGAGAACAUGCCAAAAUCCAGACCUGAUCCCAUUUUUUCCUGGUAUUUCAAAACGAUUGGAACUGAUAAAAGUGAAACUUCACAAAUUAAAGAAAGAGACAGCUUAGCGAUAGAUGUAAACGGGACUCUCCAUUUGCUGAACACUAAACUAGCUGAUGGUCACCCGGGUCAAGUAUAUCUCUGCGGCAUUACAAACAAAGAACUAGACAAGAUUGUUCUUGGAAGUGAAACACGUAUAACGGUGGAGGAAAAUACUCAAGCUUCAAAUACAAAACCUAAAUUACUGAUGGCAACACAUGUGGUGACAGAGGAAAUUGGUAAACCUGUUGUUUUACAGUGUAUUUUCGGUGGAAGUCCUGUUCCUGAUAUCAAGUGGUUUAGUUCGUCAGGAGAGGAAUUGACAACAGAUGGCGUGAAAUAUGGCGUGAAUAAGUUCGGGCGACAACUAACGAUAAAAAAUGUUAUGGAAGCUGAUGAAGGGUCGUACUCGUGCGUAGCGUCUAAUGGUGAAGCAAGAGCUAACAUUAAACUGAAUGUUACAUCUCCCCCGAUUUGGACAAAAACCAUUAUCUCACGUCAUGCCGUGGAAGGCGAUGACGUCACAUUUAACUGCAAGGCAAGGUCCGCGGUCGGGGAACGCCCAGUAUCAAUGACUGAGUGGUAUAUAAAUGGUGAAUCAUUAAGCCUACAGAAAGAAGCGGAAAAUGGUCGGCAGAUCGAACUUAACCCAGAUCAGACUACUCUCACUAUCAAAGGAGUUUCACGAGAUCGAGACAUUAUGUGCAUCCAGUGUCGAUUGUCGAAUAGUGUCGGCUCUGUUUUUAAAGAUGGUUUCCUGAAUGUCUUAAAGCCGAUCAAAAUCUGGUCCCGACCACCGAGUACCAUUAUUUACAAUCAAGAGGAAGUAGUUGAUUUUUCUAUAAAUGCUACAACAGAUCCUAGUCGCACUAUUGACAGAAAAUGGUUCUUGAAUAAUAAAGUACUGGUGCCUUAUCAAACAUAUUUCGAAUAUGACAGUGUUACAGGGACAUUUCUAUUCAACUCGACUUUAGUGAAACCAGAAAAUUUGACGGCCAUGAUGGGACUGUACACGUGUCAAUUAUCACACCAAGAUCAAACCGUAAACGUCACCUUCACUUUCAAAAUUAACGACACAUUGAUCCCACCAGUAGUCACACCCGAUUCUACGUCCGAUCCAGCAAAAGCAUCUAGUGGUAUUUAUAUCAUAGCUGUAAUGUGUGGUGUUUUAAUACUGGUCUUGGCUGUUGUCGUCAUCCUCGUUCUAUGGAAACAACGUAAUCCAAAGGCUGUUUAUUACUUGGGUGCUCAAGAGAAGAAGAACUUCAAUCUAACACCGAUCGAUGAAUUGGAAACAGAAGAACUUCGUAUGGAUACAUUGAAUACUUUGAAUGAAAGUAAACUAUCUGUAUAUAGUGCUUCACACGACGCAUACGCCAGCAAUACUCUGAAUAGAUCUUAUGACGCAUACGCCAGCAAUACUCUGAAUAGAUCUUAUGACGCAUACGCCAGCAAUACUCUGAAUAGAUCACAAGACCUGUAUGCCAGUAAUACCCUGACACAACCACAAGACCCAUAUGCCAGUAAUAUCCUGACACGACCACAAGACCCUUACGCCAGUAAUACCCUGACCCGACCACAACACCCGUGUGUCAGUAAUACGUUGCCCAGACCUGUUAUGUAAUACUACACUGUAUAUUGGAUCUAACAGAUUUUUUACCAUGUCUGUACAUCACUGUCCUCUCUUGUAUAAUCUAUUUCUAUUGUAUAAUAGUCUAUAUUGUUGUUUUCAUGUUUAAAAUCACACAUCUUUAAAGAUACAUUAUGGGAGAUAAGAUAACGAUAAUAGUUAAAAACUAGAUAGUGUAAAGGUAAUUUGCUGAAAAUUUCAGUCAAAUUGAUCCACUAUGAGCCGAGAAAGAAGCGGGAGAAAUUUUGGCAAUAUUACUAAAAUCAUUAUUAUAAACAGCUUAGUCUCGAUUAUCCACUUUUAUUGAUUUAAUUAUCAACGGCCGUUAGCGGCAUAUAGGAAUCUAAUCCAGCCAACAUCGAAGGCUAGCCUUGACAUCGAGAGUUUAUUAUGGUCUGGAUAAGUUAAUUAAUGUCUUAUUUGAUAAUUUAGAUAACAUUUCAGGCCUAAAAAAAGACUUGUAAUAAGCAGAUUUUGCUCUUGCAUAAAUGCAUGUUUAAUUUAUUUUCUCCUUUAUAUGAACUUAAACAAUAUAUACUCUUCAUAAAAAGUAGGGAAUAUUGAAAUACAAAUACCUAUGCAGGUUGUGAUAUAAUAAAUAGUUAUGGACACUUGACAUGCUUUGAGAGUAUGUUCACAGAUGAAGAACUUAUCGCCCCAACAGAACUGAGCUGCACUUGCGAACUGAGCUGCACUUGCGACACGCAAUAGCGCCAUACACGUGGGAGGGGUUCAUUGUCAAAUUUGACACUUCAAGGAAGGGUUGAUGAAAACUGUCGCGUGCUGGUUUAUCCAAACCAUGUUUGCUUUCCUAUCGGUUCUUGCAUAAGAUUUACUUAUUAGCGUAUGUUUGCUAUAGUGUAUUACGUUUAAUUUGCAAUGAGACGUCUUCAACAUGAUGAACGUCUACGUGCUACUGGCAUGCUUCAAAUCGGUUCUACACAGCGAGCAGUAGCCAACAUGCUUAAUGUACCAAUAAGCACACAAUGUUGACCUAAGACCUCGUUCAGGUCGUCCUAGAGCCACAACACAAGCCCAGGAUCGAUACAUUCGUAUACAGGUCCUGCGAAAUCGAGGACAAACGGCCAAUCAGCUUUCUGUAAUCUUGUACCAAUUUACAGGAAUUCGAGUUGCACCCCAAGCGAUUAGAAAUCAGCUACAUGCAGCCCAUUUGCAUGCGCGACGACCGGGUGUUGUGCCUCCAUUAAUUCUCCAGCACAUGGCAAACAGGCGUCAAUGGUUUAGGCAGCGUAGAAAUUGGGGUAAUCGUCGAUAGGCGCGUGUAAUGUUCUCAGAUUAGUCCAGAUUUACUCUGGAUUUCACCGAAGGCGUGCUCGCGUUUGGAGGCGUGUAAAUGAGCGUCAUGCUAACGUUAACAGAUAGCAUGACAGAUUCGGGCGUGGGUCUGUUAUGGUGUGGGGAGGAAUCACCAUGAAUGGCAGAACGGACUUGCAUAUUGUUCAACUUCAAGGAAGGGUCACUGGUGUGUACUACCGUGACCACAUCCUGGCACCGAUAGUUCUGCCCUUUGCUCAACGUGGAGGUUGACGUUUCAUCUUUGAAGAUGAUCAUGCCCGUGCCCACCGCGCUGGUUUUGUGAAUGACUACCUCCAGCGUCACCAUAUUGUCCAUAUGCCUUGACCAGCCAUGAGUCCUGACCUUUCCCCUAUUGAGCAUGUCUGGGACAUGAUCGGGGGACGUGUUCGUCGAUGUCAACGUCAACCGACAUCACUGCAAGAAUUGACCGUGGCACUGUAAGAGGAGUGGGUCAGAUUGCCCCAAACCGUGAUUGGACGGUUGAUUAGGAGCAUGUCACGACAAAAAAGCUGAAUGUCUGAGGUAAGUGGAGCAAUUACUCAUUAUUAAACAUACAUUAUGCAAGAGCUAAAUCUGAUUAUUGCAAGUCUUUAUUUAGGCUUCAGAUGUCAUAGAAUUUAUAAAUUAGAUCUUUAUUUUCUUAUUUAAAUGUUGUGUUUUUUUAAAAUAAAUUUAUGGAGUGUUA